AUGACCAAGUGCAACAAGUGCAGUAUGGAGCACAGGCAGGACUGCUGCCCCAAGAGUGAGCGCAGCUCUGAGUGCGCUCUAGUCACCGCCAAGGCCCUGGAAAAGGAGAAGAAGAAGUACUUUGCCCUCACUGUGACAACCAAUAAAUCCUGGAUCGCCAACUCAGGGGCGUCCAGCAACUUCACCUAUGAGCACUCUGUACUCCACAACUACAUUCCCCUCCCUGGUGAUGAGUAUGUCUAUCUCGGUGACAACACACGAUGCCGCAUUCGGGGGCGCGGACUUCUACACGCCAGCACCGUGGUCAACAGCGAGCUCAUCUUCCUCACCAUUCAUAACAUGUUUUAUGUUCCCAACCUCGCCAAGAACCUUCUCUCCAUCCCCACCCUCGUCAGUGAGGAUAGGGAGGCCAUCAUCGACAGCUCCAGCUGCCUGCUCCACAACCAACAGACCAGCCAACCCAUCUUCCAGGCAACUCCUCACAACAGGCUUCUUUUCAUGGAGCUCGACAUCAAGCACAUUCCCACCGAGGUCCCACAGCAUGUAUUCACCAUCUCUGCUCCUGCGCCCACCCUUCAGCUCCUCCACUGCCGGUUUGGCCACGUUGGCCAGAAGCGCCUUCUUGGCAUUGCCAAGGCGCUGCAUGUGGACAGCAGCUGA